CGGCGAGAGGCGCCAACGCCUCCUGUCCCGCGGCUGUCAUCCCUGAGAGUCUCUUCCAUUCCACCCUCCGAAGAGGGGAGCUGGAGCGAAGACAAACUCCCCUUCUCACGACGCCGAGGAGGGCAGUAGCCCCGCCUUGGCUUCCGCGGCCCCCCGCGGGCUUACGGUGGGUGCGUGAGGCGGGGAGGGCGGCUGGUGAGGCGACUAACGGGCGCCCCUUCCGGCCGCGCCCGCUUGGCCUGAGUCUGGGCCGCCGCCGGCUUCUUCUUCCUCCGCCUCAGAGCCCACCAUGGUGCAGCUGGAUGUGAACGUGGAUUUCGUGCGCUCCGUCAGGGGAGGCCUCAAGCUCGGCCGCAUAGUUUUGGCUUUCAUGGCAUUUGUCAGCUUUGCAGCCGUAAGAGGUCAUGAAGCAUUCGUAACGCUUGGAAUCAUGGAAUUUGUCAUUACUACGUUAUUCUUUUUGCUGUACCUGCUGGGACUGCAAAAGAAAAUGCAUUGUUUCUUUUGGCCAUUAGCUGAUGUUUUCAACAGUCUUGUGGCAGCAUUGUUCCUCAUCAUUGUGGGUCUGUGUGCCACAUUAAUCAAGACCAACACUGGAACUUUAGUUGGAGGAGUGUUUUGUCUGCUGUCCUUUGUGCUUUGUAUAGCAGAUGCUGUAAUCCUCUUCAAAAUGAUUACCUUUAACAAGGAGACAAGAAGGAAUGCUCCUCAGAAGUAGAAUGUCCAGCUAACAACUUGGAAAGUCUAUUGAGCAAUAUUCUUUCUGUGCUGCAAUUUUCUAUGUAUUUUUCUUUUUUAAAAAAAUUAAACAUCAGGGCAAGAUCUAGCCUGUCAGAUACUUUCAUGUCCCACUAUUUUCAACAGGAGGAAUCUAAGUAUGUGCUUCCACUAAAACCAAUGAGUGCUAAAGACCCUUUGGUUUGGCUGGAACAUGCCCACACAUUUUAAUUUUUCUAGGAUUUUUUCUUGUGCACUUUUUUGGAUUAGUUCACUUUAUUGACCAGUAUGGUCAGUCUUUAAAUUUUUUUAAAAAUGGUCCUGUAUUUUAUAAAAUACUUGUUAUGUACGGAUAUCUGUACAGUUAUCAUAUAAUACCUGUAAAUGUUUGUCAGCCGCAAAAUAGCAAUUUAGCCAAUGUUAAAUUUCAAAUGAUUGUAAGUUUCUGUGCUGGUUUAUGUUAAAGGUUUUCAUUAAAAAGCCUUCACCUAGAAAAAAA